UUUUCAUUAUGGAAACUCUACCAGACCCUUGAGAUGACAGAGUAGUCAAGAGUGUUGAUCCUCCCCCACAGAAGCCCUUAAGUGAGGAAAUGUUCUACGACUCUUCUGGUUUGCCGAACUACAAUGUUAUUAAAAAGCACCUAGUCAAAGAAGGCAAAAUUCAUAAGGAGCAAUUUAUGAAACUUAUUCUUGAUACUACUGAGAUUUUAAAAUAAGGAAGCCAAUUUGGUUAAGGUUAGCGAACCGGUCUGCGUGGUCGGCGACAUCCACGGUCAGUAUUACGAUUUUGUCCAUUUGCUCGAAAAAGCAGGCUCUCCCAAGAAGAUCAACUAUAUUUUCUUGGGAGACUAUGUAGACAGGGGCAUUUUUUCAAUUGAAUGAGUAAUUCUAUUAUUCUCUCUCAAGGUUGCUCAUCCUGAAAAUGUCAUACUGCUUAGAGGUAACCAUGAGUGAAGGAACAUGACUGACCAUUUCACUUUCCGAGAGGAGACCAUUAAUAAAUUUGAUGAGGAAAUUUAUGACCACAUCAUGGAUGCAUUCGAUUCGAUGCCAUUAGCAGCAGUAGUAAAUGACAGAUAUCUAGCGAUCCAUGGAGGAAUUUCUCCAGAUUUAAAAUAAGCUCUCCCAAAUCACGAAAAUAGAUCGCUUCCAGGAACCUCCAGUGAAGGGGCUUUUCUGUGAUCUAUUAUGGUCAGAUCCAAUGAAUGAUGAAGAUGCCAAUGAUUUUGAGUUUAAUGAAAAUAAGGAAAGAGAAUGAUCCUAUUUAUUUGGAAAGAAGCCAACUAAGAAACUUCUCGACAAUCACAACCUAAUGUCCAUAGUUAGAGCUCACCAAGUCCAAAUAGAAGGCUAUAAGAUGCAUAGAUGGGAUGGGGAUUCAAGUUUUCCCUACGUCAUCACACUCUUCUCAGCUCCGAAUUAUUGAGAUUAUUAUAGCAACAAAGCAGCAGUGUUAAUCUUGAAAGAUGGAGGAAUUAGUAUUAAGCAGUACGAUCAAUCUGAACAUCCAUAUUUCUUACCUGAUCAACUAGAUGUUUUUUCCUGGUCUAUGCCAUUCCUUGCUGAAAAGGUUAUGUCAUUGAUGACGAACAUCCUGAAGCAGACAUCUGAUGAUGUCGAUGAAAAUGACGAAACAUCAGCUGUCACUGAAGUAACAUCAGCAAGCGAUAAAAUGAAGAAGUUUGGAAAAAUUAAAACCAAAAUAAAAACAAUGGCAAGAGUACAAAAGAUGUUCAAAGUACUGAAAGACGAAGCAGAAAUGCUUCUAAAAAUCAAAAAUAUGGCUCCAGAUGGAAAAAUUCCAAGAGGUUUAUUGCUAGAUGGUCGCCCAGCAAUCAAGAACUCAUUCAAAGAAUUCAAAAAUGCUUCUAAUCUAGACAAGGAGAAUGAAAAGAUGCCUAACUUCAAAUAACCCUAUUACAUCUAAUAAACUAGUUGAUUCCUCUA